AUGGAGGAGCAGGACCCUGAAGGACCUGGGCAUGGCAAGAGAGCAAGGAAAGGCCCUCAUCCUGUCCAAGCUGGGAAUGGCGUUGAAUCCUGGGAGAGAGCUGUGCCAGAGAUCUGGAAUCAGGAGCCCCUGAACUCAGAAGUACAUUGUCAACUCUUCCGGCAGUUCCGCUACUGUGAGGCCAAUGGGCCCCGAGAGAGUUGGGGUCCAUCUGUGAAGAAGGAAGCUAAGUUCUGUGAGACGGAAAGGGCUCUGUUGGAGGAAGGGCAGCAGGCCCAGGCCCAGGAGUGUGCCCAAGAUGCCCUCUCACAUGGCAGUGAAAAGACAGAGUUGAUCCAUUCUCUAUGUGGAGGUGUGGAAACAGCUGCUGCUCCUCCAGUCCAGUCUCCGGUUUCCUUUGAGAAGGUGGCCGUGUAUUUCACUGAGGCAGAGUGGGCCCUGCUGGAUCCGAACCAAAGAGCUCUCUACAAGGAAGUCAUGCUGGAGAACUACAGGAGUGUGGCAUCUCUGGGGAAUGAUCAGUGGAAUGAGGGUGAUGAGGAAGUGCAUCAGGUAUUUCUAGAUAAAGUGAAGAAUGAAUAUAUGAAAGGAAACUUCAGGAAUCAAGGCAGAUUGAAGAGGCAGAAAGGAAGUCACAUGGUCGAGAAGAGGGAUAACCCCAUUCCCGGCCAAGAACAGGAUUUCAGUAAACUCAUCCACAUGGUGGAGAGAGUACACACAGGGGAGAAACCUUUUGAAUUCUCGGAGUGUGGAAAGACAUUCAGUUGCAGUGGCCAUCUUCAAGGGCAUCAAAGAACCCACACAGGGGAGAAACCUUUUGAAUGCUCAGUGUGUGGAAAGACAUUCAGUCGCAGUGGCAGUCUUCAAAGUCAUCUAAGAACCCACACAGGGGAGAAACCUUUUGAAUGCUUGGAGUGUGGAAAGAAAUUUCGUCAGACUGGUGAUCUUAAAAUGCAUCUAACAACCCACACAGGUGAGAAACCUUUUGAAUGCUCAGACUGUGGAAAGAGAUUCAGUGAGAGUGGCAGUCUUCGAAGUCAUCUAAGAACCCACACAGGUGAGAAACCUUUUGAGUGCUCAGCGUGUGGAAAGAGAUUCAGUUGCACUGUCAAUCUUCAAAAUCAUCAAAGAACCCAUACGGAGGAGAAAUCUUUUGAAUGCAUAGAGUGUGGAAAGAAAUUCAGUGAGAGUGACAGUCUUCAACUACAUAAAAGAACCCACGCAGGGAAGAAACCUUAUGAAUGCUCAGAGUGUGGAAAGAGAUUUACUUUCAUUGGCAAUCUUCAAACUCAUCUAAGAACCCACACAGGGGAGAAACCUUUUGAAUGUUCAGAGUGUGGAAAGAGAUUCAGUUGCAGUGGCCAUCUUCAAAUGCAUCAAAGGACGCACACAGGGGAAAAACCUUUUGAAUGCUCAGAGUGUGGAAAGAAAUUCAGACAGAGUAGCCAUCUUCAAAAUCAUUUAAGAACCCACACAGGGGAGAAACCUUUUGAAUGCUCAGACUGUGGAAAGAGAUUCAGUGAGAGUGGCAGCCUUCGAAGUCAUCUAAGAACCCACACAGGAGAGAAACCUUUUGAA